AUGGCUGGGCUGCUAAGACUAGAAAAGAUCUUCACAAAAGUCCGGAACCGGACUAAACCCAGCUUCGACAUGGACCUCUAUAUCCGAACUCUAAUUGAAGAUGUUAAAGAAACUGAAAACUCAUUUAAUGCUAAGUUCAAGUUCUACGUUACCCCAGAAUAUUGUAAUCACAAUGGUCUUUUACAUGGAGGAGCAAUUUCUACUAUGCUCGAUAAAUUAUACUUAUUUCCUAUGAAUAGUCCAGUAAGCGAGUGAAUUACCUGCUAAAAUUCCAAUUUGUUCAGACCAAAUUUGAAACUCAGCGGGUAAUUCAUCCGUUAUGAGCCUAUUUAUGGGAAUUUACAAUUUAUACAUAUCUAGUAGUAAUUGCUGCUGAUAAGCUCGACAGAACAGCCUUAUCCACCAACCUCACUCUUUCCUUUAUUUCCUCAGCAGCUGCAGGAGAUGAGCUAACAGUAACAGCUGAAGUUUUGAAAAUCGAGGAUGAGUUAGCACAUGCCCAGGCAGAGAUAUGGAAUGGGGGGAAGUUAGUAGCCCAUGGUAAGCAUACUUUGGGCUUUGUUAGCAGAAAGAACUAUCUACUUAAUUAA